GCCUGAUGCUAUUCUGGGGGCUUUGGGCUAAUGAAAUCUGAUCUAGGCAGGUUGAACUUGCAUGCCCAUUCCUUCGGGCCUUUAGUGAACCUGAUACGCGGAAUAAUCGUUCUAUACGCACAGUUCCUGAUCCCGGGGUUUUAUAUUCUGCAGUAUAUAUGCUCUUUGUUUUGACUGAACACGCUCAGUACUCAUACCCUAGGCUCAACAACCUUCGCCCGUCAUGGUAAACAAGGCUCUUACUCUGCUGGCAUUUGUGGCCUCCACACUUGCUUUGUCUACGAAGCGCGUCCCUGGUGUCACCAAGAACGGGAACAACUACGAGGUCGGUGAUGCAGGAAUAUUCACACACAGCGCAACAUACACGUUCACCGGCUCGUCGCUUCCAGAGGGCCUUUAUGCCAGCGAAUACACUGUUGAAGACGCUUCUGCUCCGUUCAGUCACCGCUUCCUGGCGAGUAACGCCGUCGUCCGCGCUGGCUAUUUGGACCUAAUAAUCCCCGGUGGUCAGUCCCAAAGUCCACUUACAGGUGCCGAGCUCGGGACCGUGGAAUCAAACAUUCUUUAUGGCAGCGUGCGCACGACGGCAAUCUAUGGCGAUGUACCGGGUGCUUGUAAUGGCUUCUUCUUUUACAAAUCUGAUAGGGCCGAAAUCGAUAUCGAAUGGAUCUCAGACCCUAAAUCACUCUCUAACCCCGGUGACGGGUCCCGGCCCCUGUUCUACACCAACCAGGACCUCAACGGUGUAUUUGCAGAUCGUACCUGGAGCAGCGCACCAAGUCCGUCUGAUAUCAGCUCGGCGGAGCAUGAGUAUCGGAUUGAUUGGCUCCCGGGUGUGAGCAGGUUCUACUUGGAUGGUGCGCUUCAGAAGGAAUACACAACCGACGUCCCAGGUGUUUCUGGGAGCUGGCUGUGGAAUAAUUGGGCGAAUGGAGAUCCGGGCUGGACCGCAGAUCCGCCCGCUGAGGAUAAUCUGUUCCGGAUUAAGGAAAUUGAGAUGUACUAUAAUGUUAGCUCCAAGGCGUAGACACGAUAGUGCGUAUGUGUUACUGAUGGUAAGGGAGCAUGUAAUAACACAGCAAUCUGAUAUCAUGCCACACCUAUUGUGAUCUUGUUCAAUUAAGGUUUGUCACAGGAUACAAUACUUGCAUCAGAAGCUGGAAAUGCGAACUAUUCAUGAGACUUCCAUACUUCGAGGUGUAUCAGAGAGCCGACCCACGCAGUAAAGCUUUGUGGAAUGGGCA